AUGGAAAUAAGAAGAAAUGGCAGAUCAAGAAAUAACGGGGAAAAUCAAAUUCAAACAACCGAUCAACAAAUUCCGAUGCAAAAUAUAUCAACUGAACAUGAUAGAGUAAGUGUACACACUUGGAAGAAAAACUCAACAGAAGAGCAGGACGAAGAAGAAGUUGGAGGCGUAAUACGAGGAAAUGAAGAAAUUGAGGCACUAGAAGAAUUGAGGCAAGUAAUACAUGAAGAAAGAAGGUUAGAAGCAGAAGAACGAGCAAAUUUAACAAGGCAAAACCAGGAAUUGAGAAUGGAGAAUAUGAGACUGCAGCAUAGAAGGUCCAGAAGUACUACUGGAUCAAACUCAUGGUCGGUUAGGAGAGAAAUAAGACGAAAAUCACCUGUAAUGGAAAUUGAUGAAGAUAUUCGAGGGGAAAUGCAAAAUCUAAAUCAAGAGCGUCGCGAAGGAGGAGAGAUAAUUGAAAAUCGCUCUAUUCCUCGAGGUGAAAUUUUUUACAAUGAGCAGGACAAUAGAAAUCAAGGGAAUGAACAAUUUCAUGAACAAAAUUACCAAAAUGGCGAAGAAGAUCCAGAAGAAGAAAGGAGAAUGUUGCGAGGGAGAGAAGCUCGCAGAAAUCAACAAACUGUUGAAGCUGAAAUUGAGAGGCAAUGCAUUGAACAAACACGUUUAGCUCGUGAAAGACAGAGGUUAAGAGCGGAAGUAGAGGAACAAGAAUAUCAAGAAGCAAUGUAUCAAAAUAAUCAGGGUAACCGGGAAAGAAGCCGCGAACAUCGCAACAAUGUUAAUAUUCAUGAAGAGCACGAUAGAAUACAAAGAAGAAUAAAUAGACAACAAAGAGAAAGAAGGAGGAAUGAACAAAAUCAUAGAGAAGAAGAUAAAAGACAUAACCAAAUUCGCAGAGAAAGACAAAAGGAGGGUGACGAAGAUGAAUUUCAAGAUUUCGCAGCACAAAACAUGCACGAGCAAAGAAUGAGAAGAACUGAAUUAAAAAAUCCAAUGGAACAAAAUUUUGGUGUAAACGAACAAAUCGUAAGAGAACUGGUAGAAGUAAGAGGAUUGCUAAAUAGUAGAAAAGAAUGA